AACAAAGCAUGCCGACUUUGGGCGCUUCAAAAUCAUGGUUUGCAUUUUCAAUACUACAAUCAAAUAGACUAUGUCAGUCUCGACCAACAGAAAUGAGAUCCCUCCCUACCUUGCACUCGGUGUCGAAUGCUUGACUUGACAGUUUCCAAAUGUCCAAAUGUCAUUAAACCUUUGGGUGUUUUGUAACAGAUGUCUCUUUCCAUUCAUCAAAUGGUACAGUUUGGAAGCUGGAAUGACAUUUUUGAGGAAUGUGUGCAGGUAGCCUAUAGGAGACGUUUGAAGGAGCCUAAUCAUAUUAAAACCUUGUGACUGCUUGUGUUUAUGCCACACAUAAAAGGUGUUACAUUUGAAAAGUGAAAUUACAAAUAUUGAAGCGUUAGUUUCUAGGUUGGCAAGGAAUAGCCGCUGGAAUCACUGACGUUUAGCCUAGUGUAGAAGUUUGUACUCACUUAAAAACAAUAAUGCAAUUAUUCAUUGUUGUAGGCUAGUCUAGGGUAGGAUCAUUGUAUUGUCCCUAAUCAAGAUCAAUAGGGGAGCCUUUUGAGCUACAUGUCUCAUUGUCUUCAACCUGGCCUCUCUGCUGCUUAUCAGAUAUUCCUCGUAGUUCUUGUGGAUUUACACUAUAUUGAACAUUGGUUCAGCUUUAAAUUAUUUUAUAUGUGGUGUCUGAAGCAGUCUACACCUGUGCGUUGUCUGGACAUGAGUACGUCCAGCAGCACGCUGGCAGUGGUGGACGAACACAGCACCUGCCGGUUUAAUGACAUCCACACCAAGGAACACCAAGGAACAGCGUCAAGAGUUAUUAAGGCCAAGGUUGAGGUGGCUUCACUUUCAAAUUAUCGUUCAAAGGUCCCUUUUUUUGUCCCUUUUUCCUUCACCUACUUUUCCCCCUGACUUGCCCUCGUUCUAUGAGCAUCCUUCCCUACUCCCCAGGAGCCCAAUGCUAACAACGUAGCAUGGAACACUUAAUGUGAGGGCAUGCUGUGUUUGUCAGGCAGCUGCUACCUCAACGUCAAGGCCAGUAACUUCCCAGUGCACCAACAGAAGCUGCAGGGCUUUGUGGUGGGCUACAAUGGCUCCAAGAUCUUCUGCCUGCAUGUCUACUCCAUAUCCACCGUGGAGGUUACCUGUGGGUGGGAAGAAUAAUACUUAAAGAACUGAGCUUUAUUAUCCACUAUUUCGUUCUGUUCCUACGUUUUCUUAUUGUAUGUUGAAUUGACUGGUUUUCCCUUCCUUCCCAUCUCUUCUCCACUAUGUACCAGUGUCUAUGUACCAGAGAGAAGGAUGUUCAAGCAGGUCUAUCAGAUCUCUUGUCUGUGUGUGACUGACAGUGACUGUAGGGAUCUGGCCACGGAUGCCCUGGAAGGGCUCGACUGUCACCUUUAAGAAGGUCAUACAAGCACAUACUCCCACGGAAGCACACACACACCUUUUCACUGCAAUGCUAGUGUUCAUCACUAGAUGGUGCAGCCUGAUGCUAUUUGUAUGAAGAACCUCUCUCAUGCUUGUUUGACCAAUGUGAUAGAAUAGCUUAAGUAUGUGGUGUGAGUGGAUUCUCUGGCUUCCCCAUAAUUUGUUGUGGCCCUGGACAAGCACACCUCAUUCUACUUGUCAACUAAUCAUCAAGCCCUUGACAAGUUGAAUCAGGUGUUUUUGUCCAGGACUACAACAAAAAUGUGUGCUGUUGGGGAUACUCGAGGACUGGAGUUCCCUUUUGUUUCUCUCUCUCAGGCCUUCAUCCGAGUACGAUACCUGCUCUGCCUGGAGCUCAUCAACAGCAUUGAGGAGUAUGGGGGCGUGACAGACCCUAAAAACACUUGCAUGCUGAUGUCCAAGCAGGCAGACUGGGCUAAGAACAGCAAGGAGCCGCAGGCCGCUGCUCAGAUGUACCUAUCUGUAGGAGAACACCUCAAAGCCAUCGACAUCAUAGGAGAACAAGGCUGAGUCGACAUGUGGAUCACACACACACACACA